AUGACUGUAUUACCAGUUUUGUUCCUGCUGGGGUCGCUGUUUCUCUGUGGUCAUGUGGAGGCCCAGUCCAGCACCACCAGGAUGCUGAAAGAGGCUGCACUCCAAUGGGAGGGAACUCUGACCUGUGAGAAGUGGGACUGCAACUGUACUUUCAAUUAUCAGCGUGGCUGCUGUUGUGCGGCCAAUGAUAUGUACCAAGUAGAAGAGGAUACCUUCAUGAGGAUUAAAAAUUUGUGGCACUCCAUCAGCACACUGAAUAGCAGAGUACAGGGACUCACAGCUGGCGUCAAGGUUGCCUUCAAAGCCACCAUUGACCCAAAUAUCGCCAUCGCUAUCCCUGGAUCUACCGAACGUUGCUUUGGUCCUUUUAAUACUAAUGUGCCAAUCCCCUACAGUUCCAUCACCCUUAACCAGGGCGGGGGAUAUAACCCAUCCUUAGGUGUCUUCACUGCCCCUCAGGCUGGUGUUUAUUCCUUUUCCUGCACGGUCUACUCAUAUGUGGAAAGGAAUGAGCGCAUGUACCAUAAAGUUCAGCUGAUGAAGAAUGGGAAGCUGGCAGUCAGUGUGUGGGAGAACAAUCGAGAAGAUGGUGAAGACAGUGCCACUCAGGUUGUGAUACUAGAGAUGAAGAGAGGCGACCAGGUCUACAUGGAGCUGAUGUCUGGGAGGAAGCUCUGUAACCACUUGCAGUACAAUAUCUUUACUGGUUACAUAGUUUACCCCAACAUUGAUGAGUAACACACCAACUGAAGGUCAGGGCUACUUAAAACUAUCUGAUUCCAGGACCUUGAAAGAGUCCAUCACUCACCAGAGAUUCUAAUUCAUGAAAAUAAACUAGUGUUCUUUGCCACAUGUUGACCCACAGUUGUGACCUAUCAUGGGACAAGCCCCAUAGCUUAAGAACCCCAGUGGUAGAGAUAAACAAUCUUACAUGUCUUACACACAUAGACUGAUACAUGUGUAUGCAGGCAUUUAGGAUAUUUGCACAGAAUAUAUAUGUAUAUUUACACAUGCAAAGAAAGACUCUCUUAUGUGUUUGCAAGGCCUGAAAAUGUUUGGAAAGAUUUGCAUCAAUAAAAAAUAUGAACAAUGUGAAUAAACUUCCAUAAUUA